AUAUUUCUACGGGAGUCUAAUUUACAGCAAAAUACGUUAGAGUACUAACCUAACUAACGCUAUCUGGCUAUUGAUAUGAAUUUUGGUUAUAAUUUGAACUAAUUGGCAGUCCUGUAGCUAGCAGUUAGGUUGUUCAUUCUGGUUAGAGAAAAUUAUACAAACAUACGUUCAAAGGCCGUUUGCAUAUUGACGCUUCAUAUCAGGGUUUUGGCUUUGCACAAUAGUCGCUACCAACUAUAACUUGUCUUAAGAUAUGCGGGGAAUUGUUAGCCAGAGCUGCCUCCGUCCGUGUGUGUGUGCUCUCAACAACAAAUUAGUAUGGAGGAGUGUCAUUGACUUUGCUGGCUAGGUCAGAAGUAAACCUUGACUGAUCUUGAGCGCAUGGGUGUCUGCGGGAGUCCAGACUGCUGUCUGCCUGACGACUUCUUGGCUUUUGCUUUUUAUUUCAAACAAACUAGUUGUAAUUUCGUUAGCCUUUAAACUAGUGUAAGGUCCUUUUUUAGCCAUGACGGGUCUUUUGGUUCGUUCGAGUUCUGCUUGACCCGGAUAAUUAGUUCUUCGUUUACCGCAAACCAACUGCUUUGGAGCCGGUUAGCGAUUUUUCAUGCCACCGGACGAUUUUUUUAUCGCAAGAUUGUUCGUAUACUAAAGUGCAAUGUCUCUGGUUUUCCCCCGACCCAAAACCAGUGUGAACGGCAAAAAGGACAAGCGACUCAUGGCAGAGGUGAAUGCCUCCCCACUCAAGCACUUUGUCACUGCCAAGAAGAAGAUCAAUGGCAUCUUUGAGCAACUUGGCGCCUACAUCAAAGAGAGCUCUGCCUUUCUGGAAGAGACCUACAGCAAUGAGGAGCUUGAUCCGGUCACCACGGAGGAGCAGGUGGCGGAGGUGCGGGGUUACCUGUCCAAGGUGGCGGGCAUCGGGGAGGUCCUCUCACGCAGGCACAUGAAAGUGGUGUUUUUUGGCAGGACCAGCAAUGGCAAAAGCUCAGUGAUCAACGCCAUGCUGUGGGACAAGGUCCUGCCCUCAGGCAUUGGCCACACCACCAACUGCUUUCUACGGGUGGAGGGCACUGACGGCAACGAGGCCUUUCUGCUCACGGAGGGAUCGGAGGAAAGAAAGAGUGUGAAAACUGUUAAUCAGCUGGCACAUGCCCUGCAUCAGGAUCAGGAUCUAGAUGCAGGCAGUCUGGUUUGUGUCAUGUGGCCCAAAGCAAAGUGUGCACUGCUGCGGGAUGACCUGGUGUUGGUGGACAGCCCUGGCAUUGACGUCACCACAGAGCUGGACAGCUGGAUUGACAAGUUCUGCCUGGAUGCUGAUGUUUUUGUGCUGGUGGCCAAUUCAGAGUCCACUCUGAUGCAAACAGAGAAGUCGUUCUUCCACAAGGUGAAUGAGCGCCUGUCUAGGCCCAACAUCUUCAUCCUGAACAACCGCUGGGAUGCCUCAGCCAGCGAGCCAGAGUACAUGGAGGAGGUCAGACGGCAGCACAUGGACCGCUGCACCAGCUUCCUGGUGGACGAGCUGGGCGUGGUGGACCGGGCGCAGGCCGGCGACCGCAUCUUCUUCGUCUCUGCUAAGGAGGCACUGCAGGCGCGCGUGCAGAAGGCCCAGGGUAUGCCCGAAGCAGGAGGAGCCCUGGCUGAAGGCUUCCAAGCCAGAAUGUUCGAGUUCCAGAACUUCGAGCGGCGUUUCGAGGAGUGCAUCUCUCAGUCAGCGGUGAAGACGAAGUUCGAGCAGCACACCGUGCGGGCCAAGCAGAUUUCUGAAACCCUUCGGCUCAUCAUGGAUUCUGUGCACGUGGCAGCCCAGGAGCAGAGGAUCCACUGCAUGGAGACAAGGGAGGAGCGGGAGGAGAGGCUGGAGUUCAUCGAUAAGCAGUUGGACCUGCUCACCCAGGACUGUAAGUGCAAGAUCAAGAAGAUCACAGAGGAGGUGGAGAAACAGGUGUCGAACGCAAUGGCUGAGGAGAUCAGGAGGCUGCACGUGCUCGUCGACGAAUUCCACAUGGACUUCCAUCCCUCCCAGGUGGUGGUGAAGGUGUACAAAAACGAGCUACACAAGCACAUAGAGGAGGGCCUGGGCAGGAAUAUGUCUGAAAGGUGUUCCAACGCCAUCACUGCUGCCCUUCAGUCCACCCAGACUGAAAUGAUUGACGGCCUGAAGCCCCUGCUGCCGAGCUCAGUGAGGGAGCAGGUGGACAAGAUGGUGCCCCGCCAGUGCUUCAGCCUCAGCUAUGACCUCAACUGUGACAAGCUGUGCGGCGACUUCCAGGAGGAUGUGGGUUUCCACUUCUCUCUGGGCUGGACCAUGCUGGUCAAUCGUUUCCUCGGCCCCAAGAACACCCGCCGCGCCCUUAUGGGCUACAGCGACCAGGUUCCUCGUCCCCUGGCCGUCACCCCAAUCAGCACUAGUAUGCCACCCUUCCCUCAAGGCUCCAUGACCCAGGAAGAGCUCAUGGUCUCCAUGGUGACGGGACUGGCCUCUCUCACCUCCCGGACAUCCAUGGGCAUCAUAGUCGUCGGAGGCGUGAUCUGGAAGGCGGUGGGCUGGAGGCUGAUCGCUCUCUCUGUGGGGCUCUAUGGGCUGCUGUAUGUGUACGAGAGGCUCACGUGGACCACCAAGGCAAAGGAGCGUGCCUUCAAGAGGCAGUUUGUGGACUACGCCAGCGAGAAGCUGCAGCUCAUCGUCAGCUACACCGGCUCCAACUGCAGCCACCAAGUCCAGCAGGAGCUGGCAGGCACCUUUGCCCAACUAUGUCAGCAGGUGGAUCUGACGCGGCAGCAGCUGGAGGAAGACAUUCAGGACAUGAACCGCAAGAUCGAACAGUUGGACUCCCUCCAGAGCAAAGCCAAGCUGCUUAGGAAUAAAGCUGGCUGGCUGGACAGUGAGCUGAACAUGUUCACCCAGCAAUAUCUUCAGCAGGGUCGAUAGAGGGGUGGCGAUCUAACGACUGAGCAGCAACACAAGCAACAGUGCUAACUACUACAUAACGUGGGGUGGAGUCACUCACAUUUUGCCCUCUUUCCUUGGACGUAAUAUUCUUAUCCAAGUGAUCUAACCAUCACACCUUUUAGCCAUGCUUUCACAGAACAGGACAGUUAUGUCAUUUUGCCAUGGAAUUUCUAAAAUGACACUUUUUGUUGUUUCCUGUUUCUUUAAAAGUGUGAUGUCUCCCUUUGAGAGAAGAGUGCUAGUGAACUGUGCCACCUUGAAGAAAGGUGAUCUGUUGGGCCUUUUUUUCUUUUUGUAAAGAGAUGCGGGCUUAAUUGUGUAAUUAUUUAUUCAUUGCAUUUGACUUCAUUUGAAGUUGUAAUUAUUCUUGUUGCCUUUCUAGGUUAUGUUUCAUGGUUUCACAGUGAUAUUCUGUUUGCACUAGAGUAGGUUGAACUAUGACGAGGUGAUCGGUGUGAGCUUACCUUGCCUUAUCCACUGUCUCUGCAACCUCACCUCUCCUCUAUGACUGUGUGAUACCAGAUGGUUCCCUGGGCUGAUGAAAUCAAUGUCAUAGCCAGGCUGUGGCUGAGAGAUCAGACAGAAUCUAUGUGUGAUGUGUUCUGAUGCUGGAUAUAGUGAACGGACAUGGAAUGACAUAAGAAAUGUAACCAAGUAGUUUGAGUCUGUAAGGAUGUGCGUAAAUCACACGGCCUGUCAGUAUUGUGUGUACUUUGUCCACGUAGUCUAAUUAAAUAGCUGUAGCUUUGGGGUUCACAGGGACCUCGGUAGUGCAGAUUUUAAGUGAUUGGUAUGGACCUUUGCCAUUGCAUAAAUGAGGCAUUUUGAUGGCAGGCUUGGUCCACUCAACUGCAGUUUCCUUUAGAAUAAAUUUCGAGCUUUCUGUGGUGUGAAAUGGGGUCAGUGAUUUGCAGAUCAUCCCAGUGUGUUACUGCAGAUUCAGAAUGAUUCCAGAAAGUUGAAGUUUUCACUUCAUGCCCUAGAUGUCCAGUCCCACACAGGAAUUGCUAUAACACACCAGCGUGUUAGUAGAAAAAAUCACAGCAAUUCAAAACAAAAAAGAACAAGUCCUUUUAUGUAAACCCUAAAGCAGUGUUUCUGCACUCCUCUGGGAUCCAAGCCCCCCCAAUUUUUGCUUUGCCCAGCUUCUGAAAACACCUGAAUCAAGCAGUCAAACACAGAAUACUUGGAAAGGUUUCAGGGAGCUGGAAUUUCACUACAGCGAUGACUGACUAGCGGUCGUUGAGGAAUGGGGUUCAAACUGGAUUGAUUUAGCUCCAAGUGGUUUAUUUUAAUGUAAAGCAGGGAAAUGAAAGGAAGUCAGUGCUACCAUGUAAAGACUGUCGAUGAAGUAUAAAAUCCCCUAUGAACGACAUUCUUGCAUUUUCUGUUUACAAAGAACACUUAACCUUAUUUGAAUGAACUUGAAUGGAUGAAAUUGCACUGAGAAUGAUAUCAGCAAAUAAUACAUGUAGAAGGCAUAUUCAAAUAGCUGUAACAACCUUGUGCGUGUAUAAAUGAACAUUAAAUCUGUCUCCCAGAUGUGUUUUGGCCUGUUAAGUGUUUAAGUGUUCUGAAGAGUCCUUCACUGGUUGUGCACAUUAACUGCUUCUCUUUUCUUUUUGUAUCUUGCUAUGUGUUCAGCAAAUUAAAAAAAAACAAAAAACAAAACAAACAGAUUCCUGGCAAUAGUAAAUUACAGUUGUACAUGCAAUGAUUCUUAAUUUGACAUCUUGUAACCCACAAAUUGAAUAAAAUUGAUACUGUUGAGUUUGUUUCAAUUAAAAUUAACCUUUUCAAA